UUUUGAUAAUGUUUAAUUGUAUGAAUUUCAGCUCCAGUGACAAACCAACCUGUGACCCCCAGAGCGCUUUCAGCUGGACAGAAACGCACACAUCCAGCUCAUAUCCCGGGCCACUUCCCAGAGUUCCCUGACCCUCACACUUACAUCAAAACACCAACAUUCAGAGAGCCAGUGUCAGACUAUCAAGUGGUGAGAGAGAAGGCAGCGACACAGAGGAGAGACGUAGAGCGAGCACUCACACGCUUCAUGGCCAAGACUGGCGAAACUCAGAGCCUCUUCAAAGACGACAUCACUGCCUUCCCUUUGAUCGCAGCACGGCCGAGCACCAUUCCAUACCUCAGUGCCCUCCUGCCGUCUGAGCUGGAACUGCAAACCCUGGAGGAGACGGAUUCCUCUGAGCAGGACGAUCAGACGGACAACGAGAACACAACGGGAAACAUCAUCAAUGAUGACCCAGGUGCAGACAAAGAGAACUCCAUGCUUCCUCCCAGUGGUGGUGUUCCGUCCACAAAGUCCAGCGAGGACAACGUGAUUGAUAACCCGUACCUCCGGCCCGUAAAGAAACCCAAAGUGCGGAGGAAGAAAUGAGUCGGGACCCGCCUGAAUCUAACAGACUCACACUUGCUGCCGUAGUCAGAGGAGUGGCCCCGUGCUUUGUUAGCUGGGACAAAUGGCUGCUUUUUCUCAAGACGGGGACCAGUGCUGCUGUAGAUUCUGGCAGACUGACGGACUCAUGAGUGAUUUCCUUUGUAUUAGCUGUCUUUUUUUCUUUUUUUUUUCAGAAAGCACUGGCUUUGUUAAAAAAUGUUGUAAGCAACAUCCUUGUGUAAUAUACAUACAAACAGAAAUUUUGU